AUGAGUAUCCCACUGGCGCCAAGUAAGGCUUGCUGCGCAGACCAGGAGGAUAACAGCAAUGAAGAGAAAAACGACAAUGAGAGUGUGACCGGUUUGGGUGAUAGUAAUGCCAAUCAGAUUUUCUCCACAAACACUGACAAAAAAGAUGAGAUAUAUAACAUGGAGGAUAAAUCAGGGAUGUUGCGCUCUUGGCCAUCUGAAAACCUUACGGAGUCCAGCAGGCAAGAGAACAUUGACCAAGAGUCUCCAUCAAGCGACUUAAGACUCCAUUCACCAACCAACAAGGACAUCACCAAAAACUAUAUGACCGAUGAUGCAAAGGACAGUUUGAAAUCUGCUACUCUUAGACAAUCUCCUAAAGCUAGCUUAUAUGACAGAAGUUUCCAGGUUCCCAUUAGCAAGACACGUGAAUCCUCUAUCAGUGCCCAUAGUAAUAACAGUAGCAACAUAAUCCAAGGUGAAGGUUCUAGGAUAAAAUCAAGUAUCCCUUCACUUAAAUCAGAAACUUUAAUAAAAGAGCAUAUUUUAACUACAGCAACUGUAGAUUCACCACUUAGGUACUUGCAGUAUGCUGACACGUCUCACUGCGGGAUCAAGCCUACUGAUACAUCCUCCUCAGCUGACCAUUUAUUAAGACUACCCUCUCAUAAUAUCAAUAAUACCUCAGAGGAAAAGACGAUUGUAUUUUAUUCCAAACCACCUACCUCAAAUAUUACUGGCCCAGAUUUUUCAACGGCUGAUGGAACCUACACCCAUGUUAACAAACAAAGCACAUUAUCACAUCCUGUUCAUGUUGAGGAACACUCUCGUUUAUCUUACAAACCUCAGGUAAUUUGUACCAUACCAGAAGCACAAUUGUAUCAGGGUCAAACAAUUAAACCAUCCGAACUGACUGAUCCCAAAAACAUUCAGUCUAAGUCAAUAUCUCCCCACAAACUACAGAUAACAUUGGUUGAGGUUGCUGGAUCCAAAAGAGGGGAUAGUGGAUUUGAAACCAGAAGAUCUCCAUUGUCUUUUCCAUGUGGUCAGGCAUCUGUUUCCCAGGCAAACCAAGUAGGAAAACAGGCUGUGACAUUUCUGUCUACCAGUCCUUCCAAUUCCAAGCAGCACGAUUAUAAACUCGAUGUAUAUUAUAGUGAAAUGAAAUCUCAAAUCUCUCAGGUCUCUGAUUUUCAAGCUGGUCACUCCCAAGAAGUUGAGUUUUCAAAACACAAAGAUCCGAGCUACAAGCCUGCGAUCAGAAAAACAACAUCACUCACUGACUCUCUGGAUAAUAAGAUCCAUUCGAGCAAAGACAGAUUCUCAGUACAAGAUUAUCUUUGUCAGGACAGUGACAAUAAUUUUCUUUCAAGCAGCAGCGCGACUUCCUUGAAAGAUAAAAAUGCUUUCGUUGACAGUAAAAAGACAUCUCUUGGUCGAAAACAUCAGUCAGAUUUUCUAAAAAGCAAUUUGAAAGAGAGCCAUAAGGACCCAAGUGAUUCAUUUUUAUGUACCACUUCUCCUUUAUGCCCGCUGGUUAAUAUUAAUGAUCAGCGCGUUGCCUCACCGAGCUGUUUUAAGGACUUUGGAGCAGCUCACGUUGACAGAUUGUCACCUUCUUCAGUGCUACCUCCUAUUGAGAGUACACAGUUUUUCAACAUAUCCCCUAAAGCAACUAACAAGACUCUUGCUAACAGUGGAAUCCCGAAACCAAUACUGGUAAAUUCCAAACCUUUCCUUACAAGCCAGGAUGAAACAGAAAUAAACCAUAAUGUGAAACCAGAGGAGACCAUCGAACCUGCCCUCAUUGUACCCAAACCCAAGCAAGUGCGGCCUAAGAUCAUCACCUAUAUUAGGAGAAAUCCUCAAGCAGUCGACAGAAUGCCAUUUGGACAAAUGAGCAUGCCGUAUGGGUCCCCAUCCUGUACUGUUCCUAUACCAAAAGAACAUGACACAAUUAGUAGUGACGUGAAACCAACAAAUGUGUUGUUAGAUAAGUAUAAAGCUGACCUGCACAAACCCAGGAUAUACAGUGCUGGGCUGGUGGUUUCUGGAAUCAGGCCUCCUGGACAUCAUUCAUUAGAAGAGACAGGUGAAAGGCAGAGGAAAGAUGACUUUUGUCCCUCAUCGUUUACUCAUUAUGAAGUCCCACCGAGCUUCUACAGAUCCACCAUGAUCCUAAGACCACAGCUUGGAUUAGGUGCCGUCUCCAGGUUGCCAUCUGCAAAGAGCAGGAUAUUGAUUGCAAGUCAACGUGCAUCUAGUGCCACAAUACCUCAGCAGGAACUGGUCACCACGGUUGGAGCACUUAACUCAGAAACACCAGAGGAUCUUAAAAAAGGUUCCAUAACAAAUGGUGCAAAGUCUAAUCUUCCGAAGCCUUGCCUAUCUGGCCUCCGUCCCCCUGGAUACUCCCGCUUGCCCGCAGCUAAGCUUGCAGCUUUUGGAUUUGUCCGGAGCUCCAGUGUGUCAUCACUGUCCAGUAAUCAGUCUAAUGAAAGUGUCCAGAGUGAUCACAACAGGACGACUAACACAGGUGCGAGCUUCACAAAUGAAGAGCAUCCCACUCAAAAUACAGUUCUUCCUUCAAAGGAGAUCCCCAAGGGUACGAAUAGGACAAUACUGGAAGUGUGUAGUGGCACCGUCGCACCCCGCAGGAGUUUACUUCCAGCUAAGAAAACAACCACAUCACCUGCUGGAUUGAAGAAGGAGACCCCAAAAGAUCAAGAAGUUAUAAAACCACCAAUUUCAUCACCCAAAAAACAAGUGACCAAGGUCCACUCACCAGGACACCCAAAACUAAAGCCGACCAUUGCACGGAAUGGCUAUGCAGCCAAGGCAGAGGUACAGACACGAGACCCAGAUCGACAGACUGUUCAGAGGUUAAAAGAGAAGUGUGAGGAGCAGGCUAAGGAACUCUUAUUUGUCCAGAAGGAGCUAAAAAAAACAAGCUGUGGGUUUUUAGUGUUUGCUGUGACGACCCAGUAUUUCUUCAACAAGAAUGAAGCUGGAGUUCUGAAAGAAAGAGAACUAUCACUUGAACUUGCAACCAUUAGAGAUGAAGUGGCCUUCAACACAGCGAGGUGUGAGAAAUUACAAAAAGAGAAGGAGGAAUUGGAAAUUAAAUUCGAUAAUGAAGUGAAGAAACUGGAACAACAUCAGCAAGAAGAACUCCAGGGGUUGAAGGGGCGACUACAGCAGCAGUAUGAUAACGAAAUGGACCAUUUGCAGCAGGAACGGAGUUCCCAGCUAUUCCAGAUCCGUGUCCAACAUCAAGGCCAGAUUGAAGAUAUGGCUGCCACGCACGAAGCCGCGCUGUUAGAGAUUAAGACCAGCCAUUCGGCCUCCAUCGCUGCAAUCCAUGAAGAUCAUGAAAAAAGAGUUCACAAAUUAAAAGAAGGUCAUGAGCUGGAGAAGAAAAUGUUAGAAGAUGGUUUUGAAAAACUAAAACUGUCAUUACAGGACCAAGUUGACACCUUGACGUUCCAGAAUCAUUCACUAAGGGAUCGGGCAAAGAUGUUUGAGGAAGCCUUAAUGAAGAGCACUGACGAACAAUUAGAGAUUGCCCUAGCUCCAUACCGCCACUUAGAUGAAGACUUGAUGAGCAUUAAGCAAGUCUUGGAGAUGAAAAACCAGUUGAUCCAUGCAGAAAAGAGAAUAAUGGAACUGGAGAAACUGGCUGAAAUAAAUGUUGUCUUGGAGGAAAGAAUACAGGUCCUGCAGCAGCAGAACGAAGAUAUGAGGGCCCGCAUCGAUCAGAACGUUGUAGUUACCAGGCAAUUAUCAGUUGAAAAUGCCAACCUACACGAGAGUGUUGAAAAAGAGAACAAAGAGAAGAAAAGGUUAAGCCGUACCAAUGAAGAACUUGUAUGGAAACUCCAGACUGCCGAUUCCAUGAGUCCUAUCAAGUAUCCGUCAUCUCCUGUCCACCGCUCCUCUUCUUCUUCUUCUCUGUCACCCUCUAAAGUCAACUCUGCUCAGAGAUGACAACGCAGCAGCCUAUGAUAGACCAGCUUUAUUUUCCGUGCCAUUGCUUGCCGUAAGCAGCAGUCCUUGGACCCUAUGACUGCAUGUGAAAUCCAGUGUACCUUAUGGAAGACUGAAUAUGAAAGUACAAUGACACCUCCUGUCUUUCCUAGGAACCUCAAGCCAAGGAAACAAAAAAAAAACUAAAACAUUCCACUAAAACAAUUCCUCAAAAGCCACACCAAUGUUUCAGGUUACAUACAGUCCAAUAUGCUGGUGAUAUCUAUACAAUAUGGUUAUUGUAUACAUGAUUGCACACACUUUACAGGUUGAUUUGUACAUAAAGAUGCAAUGUACAUAGAAGAGCUUGAGUAUUUUUGUUUGUUUUUUAUGUUGCUGAUGUGUUUGAUCAGCUGUUUUCUAAAGCCGUGCCUCUGUCUUCUACCUGAAUGGGACACGUUUCUGUCCAUCUCGUUUUUACUGCUUAUUGUACAAAAUAACACUAAUCUAUACUGAAUACGAUGUAACAAAAGCGCCUUCCAAAUAGUACCACACGAUCACCAGCUCUGUGUUAUUCCAGGUUAAGGCUGCUACGCAAUAAUCCACUGCUUUGCCCGCAUGUCAGGCAUUCUUUUCUCUGUGUGAUUUGUUACCUGGCUUCAAUGGAUAUUUGUCUUCUUUUUUUUUUUUAUUAGAUAUUUUGAGAAAUAGGCUUUUAUGGUCACCAGGGGGCGCUGUGCUGUGGCUUAGACUUUUGAGAUGUACAUACGGUAAACUUGAUACUACCUUCAGUCUUCGGUGACUCUGCUUCCUACUCCAAUCAGGUCAUUGAGCUUUGUAUCUAAAGGCAUUGUCGUGUUUAGUCUUAGCUUCUCUAUAAUCUUCCUCUAUGUGUAAGAACGUAUAUAUACAUUUUACAUUAUAUAUUUAAGUUUUUUUUUUUUUUUGUAAAUUUUGUAAUGCACAUGUGAAUAUAGGAUUCUGCCUGCAGAGGAGCACUUGAUUUCUAGUUCGUUUUUAUGGGGAGUCUGUGUAAAUUUAUAGGUCGGCAAUGCUCAACUAAAAGCAGCUAGGAGCUAGAUGGAUAGAUAGAUUUAUUUUGGAAUGUAAUAUUAAUUU